AGUGCAGCUCACGAUUGGUCAAGAUCGCCGCUGUGGUCCCGCCCCUUCAUUGCGCGGCUUCCGAUUGGAGGGGGUUCGCUAAGCCCCGCUCCUCUGCGGCCUGAGCAGCCGGAAGCUAUCAUGGCGGCAGUCGGGGCCGCGGCUACUCACCUAGAUGUGGUCCGGGGCAAGCGCGCCGCUCUCUUUUUCGCCGCUGUGGCUAUCCUGCUGGGACUGCCGCUCUGGUGGAAGACCACAGAGACGUACCGGGCUCCGUUGCCGUAUUCCCAGAUCAGUGCGCUGAAUGCCCUGCAGCUCCGGCUCAUGGUGCCAGUCACUGUAGUGUUUACUCGGGACUCUAUACCGCUGGACGAUCAGGAGAAGCUGCCUUUCACCGUUGUGCAUGAGCGAGAGAUCCCGCUGAAAUACAAAAUGAAAAUCAAGUGCCGAUUCCAGAAGGCCUACAGAAGGGCCUUGGACCACGAGGAAGAGGCCCUAUCAUCGGGCAGUGUGCAUGAGGCAGAAGCCAUGUUGGCUGAGCUGAAGGAGCAAGCAGAGGGCUCCCUGACUGUGUACGUGAUCUCUGAAUACUCCUCACUUCUUCCUCAGGACAUGAUGAGCUACAUUGGGCCUGAGAGGACAGCAGUUGUGCGGGGGAUAAUGCACCGGGAGGCCUUUAACAUCAUCGGCCGUCGCAUAAUCCAAAUAGCCCAAGCCAUGUCUUUGACAGAGGAUGUGCUCGCUGCUGCUCUGGCUGACCACCUCCCCGAGGACAAGUGGAGCUCUGAUAAGAGGAGGCCUCUCAAGUCCAGCUUGGGCUAUGAGAUCACCUUCAGUUUACUCAAUCCAGACCCCAAGUCCCAUGAUGUCCAUUGGGACAUUGAGGGGGCUGUCCAGCACUAUGUGUGGCCCUUCCUGAAUGCCCUCAGUGCUGCUGGCAACUUCUCUGUGGACUCCCAGAUCCUUUAUUAUGCAAUGUUGGGAGUGAACCCCCGCUUUGACCCAACCUCAUUCAGCUACUAUUUGCCCAUGCACAGCCUCCCCCAUGUCAUCAACCCAGUGGAGUCGAGACUGGGAUCCAGUGCUGCCUCCCUAUACCCUGUGCUCAACUUUCUACUCUAUGUGCCUGAGCUCGCCCACUCCCCCCUGUACAUUCAGGACAUGGAUGGAGCUCCAGUGGCCACUAACGCCUUCCAUAGUCCCCGCUGGGGUGGCAUUAUGGUUUACAACAUUGAUCCCAAAGCCUAUAAUGCCUCGGAGCUGCCAGUGAGAGUCGAGGUGGACAUGGUGCAAGUGAUGGAGGUGUUCCUGGCUCAGCUGAGGCUGCUCUUUGGGAUUGCUCAGCCCCAGGUGCCUCCAAAAUGCCUGCUUUCAGGGCCGAAGAAUGAGGGACUUAUGACCUGGGAGCUAGAUCAACUGCUCUGGGCUCGGUCAGUGGAAAACCUGGCCACAGCCACCACCACCCUCACUUCCUUGGCACAGCUUCUGGGCAAGAUCAGCAACAUUGUCAUUAAGGAUGAUGUGGCAUCUGAGGUAUAUAGGGCCGUGGCUGCAGUCCAGAAGGCGGCAGAGGAGUUAGCCUCUGGGCACCUGUCAUCUGCCUUUGUUGCCAGCCAGGAAGCUGUGACGUCCUCUGAGCGUGCCUUUUUUGAUCCCUCACUCCUCCAUCUCCUGUAUUUCCCUGAUGACCAGAAAUUUGCCAUUUAUAUCCCACUGUUCCUGCCUAUGGCUGUGCCCAUCCUCCUGUCACUGGUCAAGAUUUUCCUGGAGAUGCACAAGUCCUGGAGAAAGCCUGAGAAGAUAGACUGAGCAGGGCAGCACAUCAGAGGAAACCUUCCUCAUGGCCAUGUGGGAGGUGUUAGGUUGAGAGGCGCAGCUACUGGCAAUGCCUUGUCUUCAUUCUCUGUUGGUUCUCCACCAACCAAAGGAUAGCACUCCAAGAUGGGCCCAUCUUCCCUUCUCUUCCUGUUCUACUGGCUCUGGUUCUCCAUCAGUCCUAGGUACCUCAGAAGGCACAUCAUCUGGGUCUCCAUAUCUGGCUUGUACUUGAAGACCUUUGCCUAUCUUCCCCCCUGGGCAAGGGUCAGCCUGUCAGCACAGUGCACUCCUGCACUCAGGUGGAUUUCAGGGAAAGCCUUGGGUUGGACUGUAGAGCCUCUCCACUUCUAAUCUUUGGAGUAGUCACUUCUGGGACCUCACUGCUUCCUCACCUGACUGGUGUCACCCCUUGGGUGCAGCCUGGUCUAGGAGGUAGUAGCUUAGAACCUGGUGCUGUGUGUUGUAGCUAAGGUGCCCCUUACCAUUUAAGAAAGGCAGUGUGGUACAGAAGGGAAAGUUUCUGACUGGGAAUCCAACAGGCCUGCAUUUAGACCUUUCUGUACUUACUGAAGAGCUUUGGAUGAACCAAUCUUGCACUGAGCCUCAGGUUUUCACCUGAUGAUAAGGUAGUUGGGAGGAUUAAAUGGGAUAAGCAUGUGAAAGUGUCUGAUAUGAAAAAAAAAUGUAUAUAUAUAUAUUAGGCUCCUAAUAAACAUUGGUUGACUAUGGGUUGAAAUA